ACAGUAGGAAAGAAGGACAAACUCCAUAUUAAUGCCAUGCCUUUCUAAUAGGAUGUUCAUGUGGGUAUUAUGGUCAGGUGUCCACAUACUUUUGGCAAUAUAUGUAUAACAGUCUUUGUUAUAUGUAACAAGCAAUGUAAAAACAAUAAUGUGUAUAUAAUACAAAUAGAAACGCAUUAGAGAACUGUCCUUUUUUAAAUAACAGCGCCCCCUUGUGUAUUAACAGCUUCCUCACAAGUAUUUCCGUCUUUCGCCAUUUUACACGCAACAUCCGGUGGUGCAGCAGCCAUUUUGUCUGUUCGUGCAAGUCCGCCCCAACAUGGUCACGAACAGCAGUUCCCACUUGGAUAAUAUUUAAAAUAUCGAUCUCUAAAUUUCACUUGGACGUAGAAACAGGUUAAGGAAAUUCCCUUGUGAAUUUUAGAAGGCGAAGCGCUAGCUGGUUUUGGGCUUUAUGAGAGUUUAUUUAUGUCGUGUGUGAGUGGCGCCUGUCGUGUGUUAUGUCGAGCGAGGAGAGCUACUUGGCCAUCCAGCGCUAUUUAACGGAGGAGCGUGAGCCCUACGCCCCCGGCACUCACGGCAACGUCAAGAGGAAAAUCCGCAAAGCAGCCGCUUGCUACGUUGUGCGGGACGGAGUGCUGUUCUACCAGCGGCGGCACCGGGGCCAGGAAGGCUUCACCGAGCUGGAAGUGGUGCUGCAGGCCGAGCGGCGGAAGGAGCUAAUCUUCCAGGCGCACAUCUCCAGAGGGGAGCAUCUCAAUCAGCAGCUCACCUGGGAGAGCCUUUCACAAAAAUACUGGUGGAGAGGAAUCCUAAAGCAGGUAAAAGAUUGCAUCAGGGACUGUGGGUGCCAGCAGAAGCCGGAGCGUGGGAGAGGCAGUGCUGAGGAUGGAUCAGGUCCCCGUGGUCUAAGUAGACGAAAGGAGGAGGAUGAAGAAGAAGAGGAGGAGAAAGAUCUUGAGGAACUGCAUGCUGUCUUUCAGAUGAAGUCAAAGGGUGCCAGUGUUGACAAACAUGAACUGGUUUUUGUGGACAGUAAAGGUGUUGUAAAGCAGUUCCUGCCCAAACAUGGCCAGACCAUGUUGGAUAAACUGAAUCAGCAGCGUUUAAAUAACCAGUUCUGUGACAUUACCUUGCUCAUCGAGGCUGAAGAGUAUCGGGCACACAAAGCUGUCUUGGCUUCCUGUAGUGAAUACUUCUAUGAGCUCUUUGUUGAGAAGGGUGCCGUAGCCAGCCAUGAAGCCGUUGUGGAUCUCUCAGGCUUUAGCAAGGCAAGCUUCCUGCCUUUGUUGGAGUUUGCCUACACUUCAGAGCUGACGUUCAACUUCUGCGUUAUGGCAGAGGUGGCCAUGCUUGCACGGCACCUGCAGAUGCCUGAAGUGCUUCAGAUUUGCGAGUCAGUGCAUAAAAAAGUGGAGGAGCAGAAACUAAUGGUCUAUCAGCAAGGAGACGUGCACACAGUGAUAGCCAGGGAAACUCUGCCUGCUCAGCCAGUGGCUUCUUCUGACUCUGGAGCUUACGUGGUGGCCAUGGCGAGUGAUGGCCAGGCAGUGGUGGCUCGCUCUUUACAGUCUGAAGCUGAACACUCCAUCGCCGUUAUCACGGGUGAAGACGGAACGGCCGAAUCUCUGGCUUUGCUUGCUGGGGCGACAGUAGACGGGGAAACUAUGACGGUGGUCACUCACAGUGGCCAGGCUGGCUUGCCCGAAUCACUCUCUAUUGUAGCCCAUAAUGGGCAGUCAGAAGCAGGUGAAACCAUGACUGUGGUCACUCACUCUGGGCAAGCGGGCUCAAGUGAAUCCCUGGCUGUGGUUCAGGCGUGCUGGACAGUGGAUGCGCCUCAGGUAGUGGAAACACCAGUAGCAGGAAGCAUGGAGCCCAGUGCCUACAUUAUUAGCGUAGAACCUGGCAAGAUGGCUCCUACUGAGAAGGUUCAUCUAAUUGCAUCAGCACCGGUUCUUCAGGAGGAACCACUGGUCCAGGCUUUAGAGCCUCUACCCCAGCAGGUGGUGACUGCAGAACAACCUCCAGCCUCUGCACCUAAGAAAAGGGGGCCAGGGAGGCCCCCAAAGGUAAAGCAGCCCCCACCAGAACAGGAACCAGUAGUGACCGAGGUUGCAGAGAGCGUUGCAACGGGAGGAGAGGACGUGAAGAAAGAGGAACAAGAGAGUGGUGACCCUAACAAGAGGUUCCUGAGGAAGCGUUCAGUGAGGGAAGGAGGAUACGUUCGUCUGCAUAUGGGGCUUGAGACCGAGGAGGAGAUGUCGGACACUGUGAAGGCACCUCAGAGGCCAGUGAAACGAGGGCGUGUGUCCCAGUCAUUAAAGAGACCAUCAGCUGACUCUUCUGAAACCGAGCCUCAGGCUGCCUCUGAUGGUACAAAGACACUGCCUGAGGGAGCAGAGGCAGUUGGGCCAGAGGUGAUGUCUGUAGAAGAAGGAGCAGCACGUGAAAAAACAGAAGGAGCAGUGGAUGGAGAACACACGUGCAGCGAGUGCGGCAUGGUGUUUCAGAGACGCUACACCCUGAUCAUGCACAUGCUGAAACACGAGAAGUCGCGCAGCUUCAAGUGCACUCUGUGUAAUAAAGAGUUCCAGUAUGCCGUCUCCCUUCGUGCCCACUUGGCUCGUCAUAAGCAUCAGAAGACACAGAGAUCACCUUUGGCUCGAGUAGCAACUGAUGAGGUCUCAGAUGGGGUAGAGGGUCAGGCCAAAAGUCGCACCAAGCGUGAGUUUGUGUGUGACAUUUGUGGUAAGACACUGCCCAAGUUGUACUCUUUGCGCAUCCACAUGCUGAACCAUACAGGUGUGCGGCCACACUCGUGCAGGGUCUGUGGGAAGAGCUUCGCCACCAAGCACAACCUGAAGAUGCACCGAGCUCUGCAUGACUCAGCCAAGCGCUUCUACUGCACCAUGUGUGAGAAAUCCUUCGUCAGCAAGAGGAGCCUGAAUGAGCACAUCAGCAUUCAUACAGGUGAAUCUAAAUAUUUUUGCCAGACGUGCGGCGCAUCGUUUCACCGGGCGUCUGGUCUGAGCAAACACAUGAAAAAACAUCAACCUAAACCAGAGACCCGUUCCUUCCAGUGUGCCCACUGUGAUAAGAGCUUCUAUGAGGCGAAGGACCUGCAGCAGCACAUGAAUAAGCACUUGGGCGUGAAACCCUUCCAGUGCCAGGUGUGUGGGAAAAGCUACAGCUGGAAGAAGGACUGGUAUUCUCACGUUAAAUCGCAUACCGUUGCAGAACCUUACAGGUGUAAUGUGUGUGGGAAGGAGUUCUUUGAGAAGGCCCUGUUCAGGAGGCACGUGAAGAAGGCCACCCAUGGAAAGAAGGGCAGAGUGAAGCAGAACCUGGAAAGGGAGUGUGAACACUGCGGCAGGAAGUUCACUCAGCUCCGAGAGUACCGCCGCCACAUGAACAACCAUCAAGGUGUAAAACCAUUCGAGUGUUUGACGUGCGGUGUGGCAUGGGCUGACGCCCGCUCACUGAAGCGCCACGUGCGCACACACACAGGCGAGCGCCCCUACGUGUGUCCGCUGUGCCAGGAAGCCCACAUCGAUGCCCGCACGUUGAGAAAGCACAUUUCCAAAUACCAUGGCGAUCAGUUGCCAGGUAAGAUCAUGUUAGAGAAGGACACACUACAGUUUCAUAAUCAAGGCACCCAGGUGGAACACGCUGUCAGCAUCCUAAGCCCCGAGCUGCCCCCUGAGCUGCGCCCAGCGGAGGCGCCCUCCACCACCGAGGAGAUUGAAACUGUACUCAUCACAGAAGAGACUGUGGAGGCCAUGCAGGCAAUGAACGAGGGCUCUGUCACUACGCUCUCAGACCAGAGCAUCAUGCAGGUGGUGAACUACGUCCUGGCACACCAGGCCGGCUCAAAGGCAGAGGAGGAGGAGGCCUCGGAUAUCAUCCAGACCAUGGAGGUGGAGGUGGCUCACGUGGCAGAGGUGGAGUGACAGAAACACACAGGCUUAAAAGGAAAGAAAUUAGAGCAGAGUUGUGCCUACAUUGUGACUCAAAUAAUAAAAAAAGGAAAAGUGUAACUGGCACAGAUAGGGUCAGUAAAGUUUAUUUUUGUUGUACAAUAUAACUUUAGGAACUUCUUCAUUUGGAGUGCAUGUGUGUGACGCUUUACCCAACAGUGUGUAUGUGUGAGCAUGUCCAAGUGAUUUGUAUUCUGUACAUAUGUAGAAAAAAUGCAGUCUGGACUCGAGGAAAUGCUAAGAAUUUACAAUAAAGUACGUUAAAUAGUUUACAGGAAUGUGAGCUCUUAUCUACAAAAACAGCUUUUUUUCGCUUUUUAAAACAGUUUUAAAUUUCUAUGCAUUAUGAAUGUGUGGUUUUUGGGUUGACAUUUACCUCGCAGAAUGUGGGCAGCUGGCUGACUGGUAGUUUGUUGUACAGCAUGGUACAAGCAGUACUUCUAUAUGUCCUGAUUCUCAACCAAGAUGACAACCAAGUAGUGUAGUAAUAGUACAGGGGAAAAGUCUACACACCCCUGUUAAAAUUGCAAGAUUUUGUGAAGGAAAAAAACUGAAACUAAGAUAAAUCAUGUCAACAUUUUCCACCCUCAAUAUGAAAUCACAAUGUAUAAAAAUUAAGUGAAAAACAAACAUUUUUAGCGGGGGAAGAAAUGUUACAGUAACCUGGUUGCAUAAGUGUGUACACCCCUAAACUAAUACUGUGUUGAAUCACCUUUUGAUUUUAUUACACCACUCUUUUUUUUGGUUAAGAGUCUGUCAGUGUGCCCCAUCUUGACUUGGCAAUAUUUUCUCACUCUUUCGUGCAGAAAUCUAGAUCCAUCAAAUUGUGAGGGUAUCUCCAGUGCACAGCCAGCUUCAGAACCCACAGAUUUUUGGUUGGAUUCAGGUCUGGGCUCUGUCUAGGUCAUUCAAAAACAUUGAUCAUCUUUUGGUUAAACCAUUCCUUUGUUGAUUUGGACGUAUGCUUUUGGUCAUUGUCAUGAUGAAAGGUGAAAUUUCUUUUCAUCUUCAGCUUACUAGCAGACACCUGAAGAUUUUGCACUAAAAUAGACUGGUAUUUGUAGCUAUUUAUGAUUCCCACCACCUUGAUAAAAGCCCCAGUUCUGGCUGAAGGAAAGCCCUAAAGCGUGAUUCUGCCACUACCGUGCUUCAAUGUGGGUAUGGGGUUCUUUUGGUGAUGUGCUUUUUUGCACCUUUAUGUAAUUUAUGGAAUUAUUAUAACUUUUGGAAUUGGUCUCAUCACACCACAACACAUUUUGCCGCAUUGUUUGGGGUGAUUUUCGUUGAGCUUGGAUGUUUUUUUUUUGUGAGAGAAAGGGCUUCUGUCUAGCCUCCCUACCCCAUAGCCCAGACAUGUGAAGAAUACGAGCGAGUGUUGUCAUGCACAGAGUAAUCAGUACUUGUCAGAUAUUCCUGCAGCUCCUUUCAUGUUGCUGUUGGUCUCUUGGUAGCCUCCCCGGUAAGAUUUUGUCUUCUCCUUUUGUCAAUUUUGGAGGGACGUCCUGUUCUUGCUGAUGUCACUGUGGUGCUCCAUUUUCUCUAUUUGUUAUUGAUGGCCUUCACGGUGUUCCAUGGUACAUCUAAUGUUUUUGAAAUUCUUUUAUACCCCUCUCCUGAUUUGAUUCCUUUCGACAGUGAGAUACCAUGCAUGCUUUGUAAGCUCUUUGCGGACCACUGCUUCAGCAGUCAGCUGAAACCAAGAAGAUGUGAAGAAAAUCCUACAGAAACAGCUGGUCUUUAUUUGGGGUUAAUCAGAAUAAUUUCAUUGAUGACCGGUGUAUGAUGAUUACUUUUAAACAUGAGAUUGAGCGUGAUUGGUUCAUUAUGAACAGAGCCACGUCCCCAAUUAUAAAAGUGUGUGCACACUUGUGCAGCAAGAUUAUUGUAAGUUUUAAAUCUUUCCUAUUUUCCCUGAAUAAUUUUCUGAUUGUUUUUUAUAUGUUGAAUGAUGUCGAAUUUUUAUAUGUUGUAACUUCAUAUUGAGGGUGGAAAAAGUUCUUACAUGAUUUAUCUUAGUUUCGAUUUUUUUUUUUCCAGCACAUAAUCCAUUUUAACAGGGGUGUCUAAACUUUUUAUAUCCACCGUAAGAAAGUAAGUUUACUAAUAGCAGUAACAUGCAAAAGUAAUAGACAAAUCCAAACAAAUAAUACAUACAUAGAUUUGUGGUUUAAAAGCUUUUAUUUUAUUUAUUCAAUUAUUUAUGCAUUUAGUCAUUUAUUUAUUAUAAUUUGUAUAUAUUUAUCAUUUUGGCAAGAUGUCCUAGAAAUAGAGUAAAUUACUAUUCAAGUACCACACAGGGAAAAUAGCCAUGGACAUAGAGCAGGGGUGUCCAAUCUUAUCCGCAAAGGGCCGGUGUGGGUGCAGGUUUUUACUCCAAUCAAGCAGGAGCCACACCUGAUUCCACCUGCCAGUUGAUCUUGGCUUUCAAUAGACUCACGUAUGGCUUCUGCUUGAUUGGAGUGAAAACCUGCACCCACACCUGCCCUUUCUGGAUAAAACUGGACACCCCUGAGAUAGAGUAUUUAGAAUCCUUUCUGGAAAUCACCAAUACAAAAUUAUUAUAUAUUUUUUUUAAACAUCAUGUUUUACAAUCUAUAGGCCAACUUCUAUAAAAUAAAUGAAAAGCACACUUCAGUAGUGUGUUAUCAGAGUAAUGUGGUGCAUAAUCACCAAUAAUGCCUUUCUGAGAAGAUUUUAAAGUAAGGUUUUGCUGACAAGGGGAAAAUGUGCAAUGAAAUUAAAAUGAGCCAAAUAGCCAGCAGCCACUUUCCACCACCAUUAUAUCACUGCUUUUAAAAUCACAGGUUUAAAUGAACUCAACAAUUAUGGAAAUAUUUAACACAGAGCCAUGAUUUGGAGCUGUUUUGUGAAAAUGAACAGAUUGUCAACAGUGAUAUUUAAAAGUGUUGCUCAUUAUUGAUAUUGUGUGUCUUUGCAUUUAGACAGUCUAUAAAGGCUCUUGUGGAUUCUACCAAAAUAAAAUGCGCUCAGUGGCCACUUUUUUCUUUUUUUAAACAAAUACUGUGUACAUGCAUUCAUUGUUCUUUUUAAAUCAGGUAUACCUACUAUAGUCCUCUCUGAAAGUAUUGGAAUGGCAAGGUCAGUUCUUUUUUUUUUUUCUUUUUUUUUUUUUGCUAUACACCAGACAUUUGGGUUUAACCUCAAAAGAUGAAUGAGACGAUAGCUCAGAAUUUCAGCUUUCAUUUCCUAAUAUAUACAGCUACAGUCACGGAGCACUUUAUUAAUAACACCUGUACACCAUUCAUUCAAUCAUCAGCCAAUCAUGUGGCAGCAGUGCAAUGCAUAAAAUCAUGCACCUUCAGGAAAUGUUCACAUCAUCCAUCAGAAUGGUCAAAAUGAGUUCUCUGUGAUUUUGACAGUUGCAUGAUUGUUGGUGCCAGAUGGGUUUGGUUUGAGUGUUUCUAUAACUACUCUCUAUAACAAUCUCUAGAGUUUACUCAGGAUGGUGCAAUAAAGAAAAAACAUCCAGUGAGUGUCAGUUCUGCGGAUGGAAACACUUUAUUGAUGAGAAAGGUCGACGGAAAAUGGCCAGACUGGUUCGUGCUGACUAAAACGGUACAGUAACUCAGAUAACCACUCUGUACUAGUGUGGUGAGCACAAAAGCAUCUCAGCAUGCACAACACAUCAAACCUUUAGGCGGAUGGGCUACAACAAUAGAAAAUGCCAUCGGGUUCAACUUCUGUCAGCCAAACAAAACAGAAAGCUGAGGCUGCAGUGAGCACAGGCUCACCAAAACUGGACAGUUGAAGGCCAGAAAAAACAUAGUCUGGUCUGAUGAAUCUCAAUUUCUACUGAGGCACACAGAUUGUAGGGUAAGAAUUUGGUGCCAACAGCAUGAAUCCAUUGACCUAACCUGCCUUGUGUCAACAGUCCAGACUGGUGGAGGUGGUGUAAUGGUGUGGGGAAUGUUUUCUUGGCACAUUUUGGCCACAAAUUUCCCAUCUUCUAAUGGCUACUUUCAGCAUGAUAAUGCACCAUGUCAAAGCAGAAGUCAUCUCAGCAUGAUUUCAUGAACACGACAGUGAGUUCAGUGUUCCUGAAUCCAGUAGAACACCUUUGGGAUGUGGUAGAAUGGGAGAUUCAGCAUGAAAGUGCACCUGGAAGGAAUUGUGUGCUGCAGUGAUAAAAAAUAAAAGAAACAAAAGCAUCUCAAAGAAAUGUUUCCAAUGUCUAGUGGAAUCCAUACCAUGAAGAAUUGAGGCUGUUUUGAGAACAAAGGGAGGCCUUACCCAGUGUUAGUAUAGUGUUUCUAAUAAAGUGUACAGUGAUUGUAGAUGUGUUAAACAAUUUAAAAGGAACCGUCCAAGCCAUGACAUGACCUCCACCGUAUUUGACUGAUGAGCUUGUAUGUUUUAGAUCCUUUCUUUCUCCACACUUUGGCCUUUCCAUCAUGGCCUUUUGUAGAGGUUAAUCUUGGUUCCAGAACUUUUGUGGCUCAUCUCUGUAUUUCUUUGGUAAUUCCAGUCUGGCCCUCUGAUUUUUUCUGCUGAUGAGUGGUUUUCAUCUUGUGGUAUGACCUCUAUUUUUCUGCUCUCAAAGCCUUUUAUGAACGGUGGAUUGUGAUACCUUCACCCUUGCCCUGUGGAGGUUGUUGGUGAUGUCACUGACUGUUGUUUUUGUUUUUUUCUUCUCAGUUCUCACAAUGUUUCUGUCUUGAACUACUGUUGUUUUCCUUGGUUGUCCUAUUCCAUGUAUGGUUGUUAGUGCACCAGUGGUUUCUUUCUUUUUCAGGACAUUCCAAAUUGUUGUAUUGGCUAUGCCCAAUGUUUGCGCAUGGGCACUGAACAGCAGUUGGCCUUGCUGUUCCAGUACUUUUGGAGGGGACUGUAUAUAGAUCACUUUGUAGCAAUGGUUUUUUUUCUUUUUUUCUUUUCUGUUUUUUUGGUGAAUUCCUCUCUACCCCAUGUAGGACCACCAUUGGACCACCACUGAUCAGAGAUUUUGAUCACCCUCAGUGCAACAGUAGCUGCGUUUACUUGGACAACAAUAAUCCACUCUUAACCCGAUUAAGGACAUACUUUGAUUAAGAAACUACCAUGUAAACAGCAAUUUUUAAUUACCUUAAUCUAAUUAAGGUCAUAAUCAAAUUAAGCUCUAAUCGAAUUAAGACAGGCGGAGUACUCCUAUUUUAGUCGCAUUAUGGAUGUGUAAUAGUGACAUGUAGACACCUUAAUCACAUUAUGAACGUUGUGUGAGAGUUUUCACCGCAUUUUGCGACAGGACACAAUCACACACGGCAGUUUUACGGCGAAGAAGAGAGUUCGGCUGCGUCCCAAACCUCAUAUUUACCUACUAUAGGCCUGUAGUGGGGGAAAAAUACAUGUAUCUCGGCUACUAUAUAGACGGUAAGUACGUGGUUUGGGAUGCAGCCCACGUCUUCAAGCAGUUGUCUAUUAGCACGUAUAGCAUGACAAAUAAUUAACUGCACUUAAAGCAUUCAUAAAAAAAUUUAAUAAAAACACCCAAAACUGUAUACGGUACCAUAACAAAGACGAACUGUAUGUUGAUACGUGAAAUUCUGGAGGGACGUCGGACAGCGUGGCGCGGUGACGUAAUGACGAGGGCUGUUAAUCUAAUUAUGUUCUAAAACAUGUAAAACAGGAACAUGACAGGAGUAUUCUAAAAGCGACUCAUGUAAACACCUUAAUCACAUUAUUAUCUUAAUCAGAGUAAGGUCAAUAAUUAGAUUACUGCUGUCCAUGUAAAUGUAGUCAGUGACUCUGGCAUGGUUGUCUGUGUGGUGCUGGUAAGAGUGUAGCAGUGUUGCUUUGAUUUUUGUAGAACUUGAGUGCGUUGCCGAGUUGAAAAUAGUGCACUGACAGCAGGAUAAUGAAGACAAAUUGUGCAUUGAGAGGAUGCGAGCCCUGCAAUGCUGCUGCACCUGAUACACUCAUAGCACACACAACCCGUGCACCAGAGGUGGGAAAUAACAAAGUACAAUUACUUUGUUAGUUUACAUAAGUGUGUGUUUAAAUGUUUUUUCCUUCAUGUGUUGAAUGUCAUAUGGAGACCUUUUAGCAUCCAACAGCUUCAAAGAUGAUAUCUCAAUUCCUAACAAAUACACUUUUUAAAAAAGUUAUAGUAUGAGAACUAAUACCUAUCAAUGUCAAUAACUAUCUGUUGUUGUUAU